AUGAAUGCAAUCCUCACCAAAGUGUUGGAAGACAUCAAAACCAAUCUCAUGAUUCCCAAGACUCUCCAAACACUUGCCGAAGCGAAAGGGAAUCCCGCCGCGCCCGGGGCACUUGACAACUUCGUUGUCGGCCUGGAGCUCCUGAAGGCCGACGUCGCCGAAGCCUACGGUCUCACCGACGCCAUGUCCGCCUACUGUGAGAUUGUGGCCCCCCGGGGAACCACAAUGGUUGGCGAUGGUCAAAAUUCAACGCCGGAAUAUCUCCCGAGAAUGCCAGUCUCGGGCGGAGAGCACAUAGGUAAUGUUCGGGCCGAUGCGCGCAUCCCCGGUGAUACUAAAUCCGUGGCAUGGGAAGGCGCGGUAAAUCAAACCGUGAACGACCUACCCGCUGGAAUUACUACCCCGGAAGCAAUGCUGGAGGAAUUGAGAGCAAACCAGGCUUGUAUGGACGACAUCAUCAAAGACCAGCUCCAAGCAUCCAAGGAUCAGCUUCGGCGUGUCUCGCAGCAUCUCGAGUUGGAGAAAUUGCGGGACAAAGUCACUGUUCGCGCCGAGCAAAUUAAUCGCGUACACCUGCCCAGAUUUCCGCUCCCGGCGAAACUCUGCCCGGAUGAAAUGCCAGCCAGUAUGCCAAACAACAUGAUGAAAUGGUUGCAGCAAUUGGGGAAGGCGAUGAAAACCAUGGACAUUUACAUACAGGCAGAGCUGAACUUUUGGCAUGCUGCCGCCCGGGCCAAUGCGGCCGAGCUGGAAGCCUGGCAGCGCGGGGAGACUCCAACGGCCCCGGCAGCAGUGUCGUACUUCCGGGUGAUUGAUUCCGCAUUCAAGUAA